AUGUCCUACCAAUAUCCUAUCCCUCCCACUCCGAGAGUCAUCUCGCCCUCCCCCACCCCUUCCGAGUCCUCCGAGCGCCAGGACUCCUAUUUCGCGCCUGUCACACGAUCGGCCGCGAAGGCCCAGCGCCAACGGUCCCCUCAACCAGAUCCCAUAAAUGAAGAGAAGGAUGGCUCUGGGUCAGACUCGAGCUUGGAGAAACGGGCCCGGGCGCGCUCGAGGAGUCCUGUCUUGACCACCACCCACAUGAACGGCUCGGCCAAUGCCAGCAAGAGGAGACGGCCCAGUGGCCUUACUUCGAUAAAACCUGUCGCUAAAUCAGAGCCUCUCACAAACGGCACGAUCCCAUACCCGCAGUCAAAUGGUCACCUUUCGCCCUACGACCGGGUCAAGAAAUCCUGGCGAGAAUUCUCUCGCUCUCCCUCACCGCUCGGCUUGAUUCCGCUCCACCGCCAUUAUCGCACUUUGAUCCACAAGCAUGAAAUCCCCCGGAAGGUCCUCCACGUCUCGAUCGGGUUCUUCACCCUACGUUUAUACGUGACAGGUGUGCAGACCUGGGCCAUAACACCAUGGCUGCUAGGCGCACUUGCCAUUAUUGGCCCGACCGACGUCCUGCGACACCACUCAGAACGAUUUAAUAGAUUCUACAUCUCCGUGCUGGGCGCUCUGAUGCGUGAGACCGAGGUGGAUGGAUACAACGGCGUUAUUUGGUACUUGGUUGGCGCAUACGUCGCACUGCAAUUCUAUCCCAAGGAUAUCGGCGUCAUGUCGAUCCUUCUCCUCUCCUGGUGUGAUACUGCGGCCAGCACCUUUGGUCGAUUGUAUGGACGUUAUACGAUCCGUCUGCGAAAAGGCAAGUCUCUGGCAGGCUCCCUCGCCGCUUUUCUCACGGGUGUCCUCGUGGCUCUCUUCUUCUGGGGUUACCUGGCGCCGAGAACGGGUCCGUUCGCCGACGACCCCAUUGAUCCUUAUAUGUUCCAAAACCGCCUGACGCUCCCCGCUCAGGUGAAGGAGCUUCUAGGCUGGGAGCCGAACCAGGGAGUCAUUGUCGGGGACGCUGCUCUCGCAGUUAUGAGUAUUUGCACUGGGCUCAUUGCCAGCCUUUCCGAGUUUAUAGAUCUGUGGGGCUGGGAUGACAACUUGACGAUUCCGCUCCUCAGCAGUGCAGGACUUUGGUUGUUUUUGAGCGCUUUCGGUUAA